AUGACUGAUAAAAGUAAUCUUGGAUUAAAAGGACUUUUAACACAACCUUAUUAUCAUGGAUACCUACCUAGAGAAGAUAUUAAUAAAAUGCUUGUAAAUGUUGGAGAUUUUCUUGUUAGGCUUUCAAUUCCAAAUCAAAGUCAUGAAAUAUCAUAUAUUUUGAGUGUUGUUCAAAAAGAGAGAAUAAAAAACCAAAAAGAACGAAAACUACUGAAACAUUUUAUCAUUUCUAAAACUUUAAAAGGACGAUAUAUAAUUUCUAGAUUAGCUUUUGAUAGUAUUGUUGAACUUGUUGAUUAUUAUUUUUUACAAAGACAUAAAUUAUCUGCUAAUGAAGAUAUUAUGCUCAUAAAACCUAUUGGAAAAAAAGAAUGGGAAAUUGAUCACUCACAGAUUGAAAUGACUAAAAAAAUAGGUGAAGGUGCUUUUGCCGAAGUUUGGCUUUCUAUGUUUAAUGAUUAUCAAUCAGAUAAACAUUUUUUAGUUGCUACAAAAUUAGCAAAAUUAGAAAAAUUAACAAAACCUCAAAUUAAAGAAAUUAUGAAAGAAGCAAGGUUAAUGAGAAAAUUUAAUCAUAUUAAUGUUAUAAGAUGUUAUGGUGUUGCAGCACUACAAGAACCUUUAAUAAUAAUUAUGGAGUAUGCUUCAAAUGGUGCUCUAGAUAAAUAUUUACAAACAAAUAAAGUAGAAAAUAAUAAAAAAAUGUUUUUUUGUUGUUGUGCGGCAAAUGGUAUUGAACAUUUACAUUCUUUAAAUAUUAUACAUAGGGAUGUAGCAGCACGUAAUUGUCUUUUAACAGAAGAUGGUAUUGUUAAAAUUUCUGAUUUUGGUAUGAGUAUAGAAGGUAAUGAAUAUAAAAUGGAACCACAAUCAAAAGCACCAAUAAAAUAUCUUGCACCUGAAACAAUUCAAAAAAAGAUGUAUUAUACAAAAUCUGAUGUUUUUACUUAUGGAAUAAUGGUAUGGGAAAUAUUUAAUGAUGGAUCUGAACCAUAUCCAGAAUUUAGUAAUGUUGAAAUGAUACGACAAAUUUGUUUAAAUAAUUAUCGUAUGAAACUUCCAAAAGAAAUUCCAGUAGCCAUAAGAGAUUAUAUAUUUUAUAAAAUUUGGAAUUUUUGUCCAGAGGAUAGACCAUCAAUGAGUGAUGUUUGUUUGUUUUUGGAAAAAGAACGAAAUACUAUUAAUAAUUCAGUACGAGGUUCACCUAUAGCAGGAAAUGAAAAAAUGAUUGAUUUACAAAUUCAUCCAGAUAUUGGAGGAAAAACUAAAUAUGGACAUAUAAAAACUACAAGAAAUAUAAAAUCAGAUAAAAAAUAA